AUCAAAGAGGUUUAUGGUGGCAGUACUCCCUGGUUUGAAUCUGAAACCCCCAAAAGAUCCUCCCAAUUAGCCUAUACACCCCCAUUUUGUAACCUGCUAAAUGUGUAAUGCUUCCACCAAUACUUCAAUCUCAAACACUCUUAAAAGUUUCACACCAAAACACACACUCUUUUUUCUUCUUCUAUCUUUCUUCCAUUUCAAAGUAACUAUAAUAAUAUAAAUAAAUAAAUCCCUCUCACACCGUGACACCGAACACUGAUUCCACUCAAACGCACACAAAACCGCAAACAAACAGUUCUCUACGACGUCGUUUACUCAUGGCGCUUUCCGCCUCCGACGUGCCGGCGAUGUACUCGCUCCUCGCCAAUUCCAUGAGCGCCGAUCACCGCCUCCGUGCCCCCGCGGAGGAAGCCCUUGCGCAAUCGGAGUCUAGGCCUGGCUUCUGCUCAUGCCUCCUGGAACUGAUUACUGCCAAUGAUUUAGCGUCACAAGUUGAUGUGCGCUUAAUGGCUACUGUCUAUUUUAAAAACAGUAUUAACCGCUACUGGCGCCAGCGCCGGGAUUCUUCGGGAAUUAGCAAUGAGGAGAAAAUGCAUUUGAGGCAGAAGUUGUUGAUGCAUUUGAGAGAAGAGAGUGAUCAGAUAGCUCUAAUGUUGGCAGUGCUAAUAUCCAAGAUUGCUCGCAUUGAUUAUCCCAAAGAAUGGCCAGACAUCUUUUUGAUUUUAUCACAACAACUUCAAUCAGCAGAUGUUCUUGCCUCCCACCGUAUCUUUAUGAUUCUAUUUAGGACCUUAAAGGAGUUGUCUACGAAACGGCUCACCGCAGACCAGCGCAACUUUGCAGAGAUAUCGUCCCAAUUCUUUGAUUAUAGCUGGCGCCUCUGGCAAAGUGAUGUGCAGACACUACUGCAUGGUUUUUCUGCUCUUUCUCAAAACUAUAAUUCCAAUGCUGAUGAUCAGCAUCGCGAACUUCAUCUUACAUGUGAAAGAUGGUUGUUAUGCUCAAAGAUCAUACGACAAUUAAUUAUUUCAGGAUUUCAAAGUGAUUCCAAGUGUUUUCAGGAGGUUCGGCCAGUCAAGGAAGUCUCACCUGUUCUCUUAAGUGCCAUUCAAUCAUUUCUUCCAUUUUAUUCGUCUUUUCAAAAGCAGUAUCCUAAAUUUUGGGACUUUCUAAAGAGGGCAUGUACCAAAUUGAUGAAAAUUUUAGUUGCCAUUCAAGGAAGGCAUCCUUACUCCUUUGGGGAUAAAUUUGUGCUUUCAUCAGUCAUGGACUUCUGUUUGAAUAGAAUAACAGAUCCCGAGCCAAAUCUAUUGUCGUUUGAACAAUUUCUUAUUCAAUGUAUGGUGAUGAUUAAGAAUAUUCUGGAAUGUAAGGAAUACAAGCCAUGUCUUACUGGUCGGGUGGUGGAUGAAAAAGGAGUUACAUUAGAGCAGAUGAAGAAAAAUAUUUCCAGUGCAGUUGGUGGUGUUGUAACCUCCCUUCUUCCCAAUGAUCGAAUAGUUCUUUUGUGUAAUGUACUGAUAACAAGGUAUUUUGUGCUGACUGCAAGUGAUUUGGAGGAGUGGUACCGUAACCCCGAGUCUUUUCAUCAUGAGCAGGAUAUGGUCCAGUGGACAGAAAAAUUGAGGCCUUGUGCUGAAGCUCUGUAUAUUGUAUUGUUUGAAAAUAAUAGCCAACUGCUAGCUCCUGUUGUGGUUUCUCUUCUUCAAGAGACUAUGAACAAUUGCCCGACUUCAGUGACAGAAAUUACUUCUGCAUUGCUUCUUAAAGAUGCUGCUUAUGGUGCUGCCGCCUAUGUUUAUUAUGAACUCUCAAACUAUCUUAGCUUUAAAGACUGGUUUAAUGGAGCUUUAUCGCACGAACUCUCUAAUGAUCAUCCAAACCUGCGCAUUAUUCAUCGUAAAGUUGCAGUAAUUUUGGGACAGUGGGUUUCUGAGAUUAAAGAUGAGACAAAAAGGCCUGUAUAUUGUGCUUUAAUCAGAUUGUUACAGGGUAAAGAUUUAUCUGUUCGGCUGGCAGCCUGUCGAUCCCUUUGCUUACAUGUUGAAGAUGCAAACUUUUCUGAGAGGGAGUUUGUUGAUCUUCUUCCUCUCUGUUGGGACUCAUGUUUUAAGUUGUUUGAGGAAGUUCAAGAAUUUGAUUCAAAGGUUCAGAUUUUGAAUUUGAUCUCUAUCCUUAUUGGACAUGUUAGUCAAGUUAUUCCAUUUGCAAACAAGUUGGUGCAGUUUUUUCAAAAGGUUUGGGAGGAAUCUGCUGGUGAAAGUUUGCUGCAGAUUCAGCUUCUGGUUGCUUUGAGAAACUUUGUGAUUGCACUUGGUUAUCAAUCACCCAUUUGCUACAAUAUUCUACUGCCACUUCUAGAGAAUGGAAUUGAUAUUAAUAGUCCAGAUGAACUCAAUCUUCUUGAAGAUAGCAUGCUGUUAUGGGAGGCCACACUUUCCCAAGCUCCAUCAUUGGUGCCUCAAUUGUUAUCAUACUUUUCACGCCUUGUGGGGAUUAUGGAAAGAAACUUUGACCAUUUGCAGGUUGCAGUGAACAUAAUUGAAGAUUACAUAAUUUUGGGUGGAAAUGACUUUUUAAGCAUGCAUGCAACAAAUAUUGCUAAAAUUCUUGAUUUAGUUGUUGGGAAUGUCAAUGACAAAGGCUUGCUUUCUAUUCUUCCAGUAGUUGAUAUCUUAAUUCAGUGUUUCCCCAUGGAAGUGCCGCCACUUAUUAGCAGUACAUUACAAAAAUUAAUUGUCAUAUGUUUGAGUGGUGGAGAUGACCGGGACCCUUCCAAAACAUCUGUUAAAGCAUCUUCUGCUGCCAUCCUCGCAAGAGUUUUGGUGAUGAAUACAAAUUCACUUGCCCAAUUAGCAUCAGAUCCAUCGACCUCUCAACUGCUUCAGACGGCAUCUAUCCCAGUUCAAGAAAAUAUACUUCUUUGUCUGGUUGACAUUUGGGUUGAUAAGGUAGAUAAUGUUUCUUCCAUCCAGAAGAAGACAAUUGGCUUAGCGCUCUCAAUAAUUCUGACAUUAAGGCUGCCUCAAGUUCUUGACAAACUCGAUCAAAUUUUGAGUGUUUGCACUAGUGUAAUUCUGGGCAGAAAUGAUGACUUGACAGAAGAAGAGUCCAGUGGUGACAUGAGCUCCAGUGCAUCUCCCGAUGAGGGCACUAUUCCUAGUAAAGAGUUCAGAAAAAGACAGAUCAAACUAUCAGACCAAAUAAAUCAGCUGUCACUUGAGGAUUCUGUGAGAGAUAAUCUACAAACAUGUGCUGCCAUUCAUGGAGAAUCUUUUAAUGCUACAAUGAGCAGUAUGCAUCCAUCUGCGUUUGCACAGUUGAAGCAGGCAUUAAAAAUGCCAUAACUGGGUGUGACUUUUAAUACUUGUGAUCUAGUGGUGCUAUGUGCAUGCUCUCGGUUCUUCUGUUUAUAGAUUCAUACUUCCUAUACGGGUGAUGUUGAAGCUUGUUAUUUGGGCUGAUGAUUUUUGAUACCAUCUAUUUAAAAUUGUAAGGUCAUGGUUUUUCCCCAUUCAUUUUCACUUGUCUUAGCCCCUUUGCAGCGUGGAACUUUGUAAAUAGGAUGUUGCUCCUUUAUUAUUUUUAUAUAAAAGAAGGUGCAGCAUUGAGUCCGGUGUUUAAUUUACUUUGUUGAGAAUGGCAGUAAAAUGUGAAAUGUUGUUUUGUAGAUGCUGUUUUUUUGGAUACAUUCGGAUGUGUAGUGAAAUUUUUACCGAUUCUUUGAA